CCCUAACCAAUUCAAGGUGAAGCCUUAUUCUAAACACGUACAUUUGUUAAUGGCGAAUUCGCGAUUUUAGAAGCUUAGAGAGAACAGAGAUGCAGAGAAGAGGACGAUCUACCAGUUCGGAUCUGCUACCGUAGUCAAUACCAAUCAUCUGUUCGUCGAUUAAGUAGGACGAUUUAUUGAAGCUGGUCCUUCUUAGCUGGAAUUAAACAACCAUGUCCUGCCUGGCUCUCUCCCUGCAACCUGCCAAUGGCUCUGACAUCCUCCUUCAGACCCGGGAGUGGUUCCCUCCAGCCCGUGCACUUGCAGCUCUCACCGCCUUCCGUCAAACGCGGCUUGCCUUUGCCACCACAAAGCAUCGACAACACCAACACAACCAUCCUUCAGAAACUGACGAUUCUGCUGCCUCCAGUGCCACUGCUGAUUCAAUCGCCUCCCUCGGUGACGACCCACUUGCAGCUUCCAGCGGCCAGGUCAUAGUUGGUGUGGAAAGCCGUUACCGUGUGGUGUACCGCCUCGUCAACGGCAUCUAUGUGCUUGGUAUCACCACUGCAGACCAUGAUAACUCCAUCAAUGUCUUUGAAUGUAUCAACAUCGUUAACCAGUCUGUUAGUGUCAUUGUCACUGCCUGCCGCGGAGUUGACGUCACUCCUGAAAAGCUCAACCGGAAGUAUGCUGAGAUCUACAUGGCAUUGGACAUUGUGUUGCGUGGUGUUAGUAGCAUUCGCCUCGCGGCAAUGCUUGCUUCAAUGCAUGGCGAGGGGAUUGCCAAGAUGGUGCAUUCUGGGCUUGACUCAGAGAGCAAAAUCCGUGGAGCUGAUAGCUGGCCUGCGAUGGAAAUCCAUUCUGUUGAGCAUCAAGCAAGCAUUGAAGCAUUUUCAAAUGCUCGGUUUGAAUUACCCCCAGAGACACUUGCUGCAGGUGAUGAGGUGGCGGCAAGUAUUGCUCCAGUGGUGCAGAAUGAGCAGCUGGAGCAACAGCAAGAAAAACAGGAGGAAUCGACAGCAGAGAAGGAUCCAUUUGCAGCGAGUGAGGCUAUAAAUAAGCAGGAGGAACUUGUGGGUGGGUUUAAGAAGAAUAAGGAUAACUCAGCCUCGGAUUUGACAGUGGCAUUGGCAGGGUUAGAAAUCACCACAUUGCCACCUGCAGCUGCUACGGAAUCAACACAUAUUGGUGUUGAAGGAUUUGAAGGGGAUUAUGGUGGAAUUGAGUUCAGCAAUGAGCAAGCUUCUCUGGGAGAAACUUUUGAAGCAUUUAGUGAUGCAUGGGGUGGGGGAUUGGAUGCAUCAGAGUUUGUCGGUACCAAGAAGGCUCCAAAACAGCAAGGCCUUGGUGGGCUUGAGCUGUUACAAACGGGGCCGGAUGGUGAAGCCGCAGCAAAAACUGCGGCAGCUGGAGCUGAAGGCACUCCACUUGAAAAUCUUUUGGUGAAGAAAACUGAAAUGAAGGGUCCUGAGAUGUACAUUUCUGAGGAGAUAAGUGCAGAGUUUAGGGAAUCUUUACUUGCUAGAGCUGGAUUGAUGGGCGUUGUUUAUUUGAGAACAUUGCCUCCGAAAACUGCUGGUGAUAAGGAAACAGAGUUUUCAUUUCAGGUUAACGGGACAAGUGCAGUUAAGAGAUUUGUUAUGCAGAGUUCUCGUGUUAGUAGCCUUGGAAAUGGGAUGUUCCAUGUUAGAACUGCGCCUUCUGAGGAUCCUAUACCCAUUUUGAAGUAUAGCUUACUCCCUAAGUUAACACCAUUGCCUUUGAGGGUUCGUCUUAUAAAACGUCACACUGGGACUCUACUUUCUGUAAUGAUACAGUAUGUCUCAAAUCCAGAUUUGCUGAUGCCACUGAAUGAUGUGACAUUUAUUUUGAAGCUGCCAGUUGAUCCUACGCUGUUGAAGGUUUCUCCUAAAGCUGUAUUGAAUAGAACUGAGAGAGAAUUGAGAUGGCACGUGCCAGAGAUUCCGGCAAAGGGUUCUCCUGGUCGGUUACGGGCUAGGAUGCCUGUGGAUUCUAGUGAAGAAGAUGGCAGUGAAGAGAUUGAUGAGAUUGUUGGUUAUGUAAAAUUUUCUGUUCAAGGAGCUGAAUCGUUGUCCAAGGUUUCUCUACGCCCUGCAUCUGAGGGUAAGACAGAUUUCUACGAAGGUAGUCACAGGUAUGAGACUGGGGUUUAUAUGUGCAAUUAAACCAUGUGACUAUGGCUGCUUGUUGACAGAUUGGUGUGUUGACUUUGUUAUUUUUGAUAGAGGUUUUGUUGUUUCUUUUCCUAUCUCAUGUUUGAGGUUUCUCAAAAAGAUUAAAGGGGUUAUAUAAUCAUGGCAUAUGGUUAUUGUGCUAAGUUGUAAUGUCAAAACUGUUAUGCCCCUUCAAUUUAUGUGUUGUUUAUGAGUUUAUCUAUUCUUCUCUUUUUAUGCCAA